AUGUCACCUCAAGCCUCCUUUCCACUUCCACCCCUCCCAAACUGCACUAUGGAAACCUCAUUUUUCUACGAACCUAUCAUCGCCAUUUUCCUCAUUCUUCCAGUCCUCUACAUCACCUACACAGCCUCCUUUCCAUCACUUCCAGGCCCUGGUCUCCUCGAAUACCUUCCUGGAGGCAUCAUAUUUCCACUAUGGACAAACUCUGCUGUCUUCAGUCGCAUUAUGGUCAAGUUGGGUAAAGCCUAUGGUGACAUAUUCUCCCUCUGGCUCGGCCCCGCACAUGUCAUCGUCACGUCUAUCCCUGCAGAUGUCGUCCAGGUCAUGCAUGCUGUCGACGAUUUUGACAGGCCCCGUGAGAUCAAGGCUGUCUUCGAAGCUGUCGCCCCUGGCGGUGUCUUUUCAAUGCCCGUUGCCCCGCAUCGCCACAUCAAGAAAGUCCUCCGCUCUCGCUUUAACCACACCAUGCUCAAGGGCUUCCACACCCACAUGACCGAGGCUAUUGUGGAGCUCUGCGAGUGUCUCCACACUGCUGUUGAUCAAGGCUCCGAGCCCGGCUCCUCCGAUGUCGUCAACAUCUCUGAAAUCACCUCGCUCACCACUUUUCGAGUUAUCACCAAUGUCGCCUUUGGGAGCAAUAUGACUAAGCCGGAGCGACUGGAUUUCUCUGAAUCCAUGACCAAGAUCAUGCCGGAAAUGAUGAAGGACUAUGUCGGAUACCCCGUCCGACAGGCCCUCACCAUGUUCGGCACUCGCAAGAAGCUCCUGCAUCACAAGGCUAAGAUCAAGGAAACCUGCGACCGGUUUAUUGAGAAACGCCAGGCAGAGACAGAAGAGCAGAGAAACGCACGGGAACCCGACAUGCUGGAUACCAUCCUCAGUCUCAAAGAGCACCCUAUGGACGUCAUUCGGUCCAUCGCCGCAGAGUUUGGCGUUGGUGGAUCCCAUACUUCAAACCAAAUGCUCACGUGGUGUCUCUUCGAGACUUGCUGCAAUCCCCGUGUGAUCGCCAAGAUCGAGCUGGAACUUGAGGCCGUUCUGGGAGACCGCUCGGGCGACGAUCCCAUGUCGUUUGAGGACCUCGGUAAGCUUCCUUACAUGAAGAAAGUGUGGAAGGAGACUUGUCGCAUGCAUCCUAUGGGUCCCUUCUUGAACCGAAUUACCACGAAAGACCUCACCCUCAAAGGCAGUGGAGUGCGUGUCACCAAAGGCACGAACGUGCUCGCGUUUUAUCAAAAGUGCCAAAUGGAUCCCGCCAUCUGGAAGGACCCGCACAAGUUCAAACCGGAGCGAUGGGGGACCGGAAGUGAAAGGAAGGAAGGUGACCUAGUUGUGCCAGGUGCGUACGUCCCCUUUGGCAUUGGGACUUUCAGUUGCCCCGGACGAUUUCUGGCAGACUACGAGGGACCGUUGAUAUUAGCAGAAAUGCAUCGACGUUUCAAGUUUACGCUCGCCUGUAGACCAGAUGAAGUUGAAAGCUGCACAGCAUUUGUAGAGAGUCCGCGAUACAUCAACAAAGCGAAGAAUAUUGAUAUGGGACUGCCCCUUCGGAUAGAGCGACGAGUGUGA